GCGCGGAGCGGAAGCCGCGGCGAGAGGCUGGGAGCGGCGGCCGAGCGGCGGGCGACGGGGGCGGGGGACUCGCGCCGCGGCCGGGGCGGAGCCGGAGCCAUGGAGCCGCCGCUGCCGGGCUAGGGAGGGCCGGCGCCCCCGGGCCCGCGGCGAUGUCGGGCUACGCGCGCCGCCCGGGCAUCUCCCCGCUGUCCCGGGCCCGCAGCCUCGUCAUUCCGGACGCGGCUGCGUUCUCUGAGCGCCGGGCCGGGCUCCCCCAGCUAGACUGUGAGCGCCCCCGCGGCAGGGACCCGGACCCCCACUUCUUCGGCAUUCGGCCGACGUUUAUGUGCUAUGUGCCCAGCCCGGUGCUCGCUAACGUGGGAGACACAGAUUUUAUCUACGGAAAGGGGAAGGGCACUAAGCCAGGCCCACCAGGAGCCCAGGAGAUACGCUUUGGAGAUGAGAAGCUUGCGGACCUGGAAGAGGCAAACCCGUUCUCCUUUAAGGAGUUCCUGAAAACCAAGAACCUCAGCCUGCUGAAGGAGGACGCCGCCAACAGCAGGCUCCACGCGCAGGAAGCCACGAGGCACUCCCUGGGCCUCGACUGCAGCUCUCCGCCCUCCCAGCCCGUGGGCUUCGGCCUGGAGUUCCAGCAGCCGUUUUUCGAGGACCCAACGGGGGCUGGCGACCUCCUGGACGAGGACGAGGAUGAGGACGGGUGGAAUGGCGCCUACCUGCCGUCCGCAGUGGAGCAGACCCACUCGAGGGUCUCGGCCAGCACGUCGCCCUGCAGCACCUACAUCUCCUUCUUCUCCAGCCCGUCGGAGCCAGCAGGGCCCGAGUCCCUGCCCCCGUGGACACUGAGUGACUCCGACUCCCGGGUCUCUCCCGUGGCGAGUCCCAGUGCAGACUUUGCCGCCCACGGAGAGUGUCUGGGGGACAGGCACCUUCGGACGCUGCAGAUGAGCUACGAAGCACUGAAGGACGAGAACUCGAAGCUCAGGAGGAAGCUGACGGAGGUGCAGAACUUCUCGGAGACGCAAACCGAGAUGGUGAGGACGCUGGAGCGGAAGUUAGAAGCCAAAAUGAUCAAGGAGGAGAGUGACUACCACGACCUGGAAUCCGUGGUCCAGCAGGUGGAGCAGAACCUGGAGCUGAUGACCAAACGUGCGGUCAAGGCGGAAAGUCACGUCAUGAAACUGAAACAAGACAUAAGCUUGCUCCAGGCGCAGGUCUCCAACUUCAAGAGGGAGAAUGAGGCCCUGCGCUCGGGCCAGGGCGCCAGCCUGACGGUGGUGAAGCAGAACACGGACGUGGCCCUGCAGAACCUGCGCAUGGUCAUGAGCAACGCGCACACCUCCAUCAAGCAGCUGGUUUCCGGAGCCGAAACACUGAACCUCGUUGCUGAGAUCCUUAAAUCCAUAGACAGAAUCUCCGAAAUCAAGGAGGUCGGGGAGGAGGAGUCUUGAGAAGCUCCUAGCUCCAGCUCUGUUUACAUCCUGCAGUCACCGCUCCCUGGAUGUGAAACGCCAUUGUGUCCUUAAAUACACAGUCUUCCCAGUAAAGCUGUUUAUCGCGAGAUGCUGCUUUCCUGACUGAGAACAGUAUUAUUAGCUCCGCGGCGGGAGCAGUGGAGCUGGUGAGCGUCCCGAGGUUUCUGUCCAUGCAGCCCUUGCUCCGGGUGAAUCCCUGCGGUAAGACAUGACCCACUGGGAGACGUGUUUAUAAAAGCCACCGCUGGUUCUCAGUGCUGAACGUGGGAACAGCCGUUCUGUGAUAGUCUUCCAUUCUUAUUCCAGAACACUCACUCUCAGAUAAGUUCGAUCGAUUGUCCUUGAUUUCACAAGUAAAGGAAACACUAAAUGAGCCGAGAUCAAUGAUUGCCUUGGACAGGGCCUCGUGCCUUUCCGCCUUGCUCAGUGCCCCCCUGGCUCAGGCCACGCCGCAGCCUUCACAGGGCGGGCCUGCGACUGGCGGCCUGAGUGUGGGCACCCCACAUGGUUGGCUGCUGCUGUCCUGGAGGGACCAAGGUUGGCACGGAUUCUACACUGUGAAACCAUCGAAACGCACCUCUUUAGGGGGCCUCGGGUUUGGAAAAUGUUUUGGAUGGAGGGUUCUGAUACAUGUUCCAAGCGGCCUUUUGUAGAAUGAAGUCGAAUCCAGGGGACGUGCAGAGCCUCCUGGUAGCACGAGUCUCCCGCUGCCGUUCCAGCCGCUUCUGACGGAGGGAGGCGUGACGUGCACUCAGUGCCUUGUGGCUGUUUCCUGCAGAUGUUAUUUUUUAAAAUGUUCCCUCCUGUUCAGAUUGACAGCUUUCUUAAUAAAUUCUAAAAUGCA